ACCUCAAAUUUUUCGCACAAUUGUUGGUUGACAAGCAUGCAGCGGCUGACUUUGAGGCGUAGGUUGUCAUAUAAUACCAAUUCCAACAAGAGAAAAAAAGUCAAAACACCCGGUGGCAAGGUUGUCUACAUCUAUGUUAAAAAACGUGGAACAUUUCCAAAAUGUGGCGAUUGCAAAAGUAAACUUUUCGGUAUCAAGCCGUCCAGACCGCGUGAAAGAACCUCAAUGAGUAAAAGGUUGAAGACUGUUAACAGGCCAUAUGGUGGUUCGCGCUGUCAUACUUGUGUCCGUAAUCGGAUCAUUCGUGCUUUCAUGAUGGAGGAACAAAAAGUUCUAAAACAACUCAUCAAGGAACAGAAAAGAAGAGAAAAAAAGCCACUGUAGAACACAAAAAAUAAAUUAACCAAAUUCUUUGGACGUCAAAAAACUUUUGAUAUACUUUGUUGGUGUUGAUUGCGUGUCAUAAGUAGUUCAUUCAGUGCUAUAAACUUUAUACUCGUAAAAACUAAAUUUGAGUAUGCAAGUGCCAUGUUUUUAUCGUUCUCGUAAUAAAUUUGAUCAUUUAUUACUUAGGUGCGUAAUAAGGUCAUUAAACACAAGUCCCGGAACAGAGCGCUCUUAUUUAAAUUGUGGGGUUAGAUGAAUCUUGUUAUCAAGUAUUUUGUGUGCCCAGAUAAUCGAAAUUAGCCACUAAUUCGUAACAUAAUGGUACUACGUAGUUUGUUGUCUAUUCCGGAUGUUCCGCUUAGAUCAUGCAGUUUCAAACCACUCAAUGAUUUAUAUCAUACUGGUGUUAUGUAGGCCGGUCUCUAGAUCCAUGAGUAGAUUGCAUGAAGUGAUGUAUUAGGGUUUCUCACCUCCGUACUGCAAGCGAUAAUAACAGACAUGAUUGUGGAUCUGAACAUAUAAUUGCUUCCUGUUAUCGCUUCAGGAUGUAAU